AUGGAACUUCUAAACACAGCAUACUCCGAAGGCAUUCUUAAUAAAAACGAGAAAAGUUUCCUUAGCGUAUCGUCUCCACCUUUAGCGCUUUUUUACCAUCUGCCAAAGAUUCAUAAGAACUUGGAACAUCCUCCGGGUAGACCAAUCAUAUCAGGUAUUGGAUGUCUGACUAGCCAAUUAUCUCAUUUUUUGGACCUCUACCUACAAGAAAUUGUAAUAACUCUACCGUCUUACCUGAAGGACUCAGCGAGUCUGAUUAGAGACCUAAAGGAGAUCCAAUGGCAACCUGGAUAUAUCUUUUUGACAUUGGAUGUUACCUCCCUGUACUCUAAUAUCCAGCAUGAACUGGGAUUAAAGACUACAUCUAGUUACCUACAUCAGAUCGGAAAAAUGCAGAACGAACAAAUCCAGUUUUUACUAAACGCAUUACGCUUUAUUCUUACCCAUAACGUGUUCACCCACGAGGGCUCUAUCUACCAUCAACAACACGGAACAGCCAUCCGGACUAGGAAUCUAGCUUAUCUCUGCCUCUUCACCCCAUUCAAGCGUGUCCUCGCUCCUCCAUUAACCCCUGGCUCUCCACAUUCCUUCCCCAGCACUUCUACACUGAACAACAAUGAAGUUCGGGUUCACUCACCAGGUAGUAAAGAUGAUGAGGAGCCCACUGGUACAUUUGGCACAGAAAACCCUGAAGAAAUCUCGGAGACUUUGGCACCUGAACCCCAAAAUGUACUGCAAGCAGAAGAAGCCCACCCCAAUCUUCAUAAUGUGCCUUAUGAUAGUUUACCUGCUUUAGUGCAAGCAUAUAUGGCCAAAAAUGAAGAAAAUCAGCAAAAAUAUAUGGCGGUGGUAGAAAAAUUUACAGAUGUAGUGGAAAAUGCAUGUUCCAAAGUAGGCCAAGAGAUGUCUCAUGUCACCCAGGCUAUAUUAAUGCUGAAUUAUACCAUAGCCAAGAAUUUUCAAGCCAAUGACAAGAUGCAAAGGAGUCAAGAGGUUAAUCCACCUACCAGUACAGGGGAAUCCCCACCAAUUAGCCCUGAUAUUGUAGUCCCAACGCAAAAUAUAAUGACAUCCCUACAAAAUCUAGCUCAAAGUCCCAGCAAGGAACCAUUGUGUCUACCCGUUUUGGCUACUGCAAGCAGUGAAUGUAGUAAUAUAGAGUCCAUGUCCUCAAAUGUUCCCCAACCCGGCAAAUCCAAACAGAGCCAAUUCCUUCUGAAUAUCAAGCAGGAAAUGGCUAGCAGUAAACAAUCUCCCGAGGUUGGAUCUUUGCCCAAUGUGUCUCCCAAGCAAUUGAGGACACAUUGUAAGGUUCAAAAUAAUGUUGGCGAACAACCUCAAACAUUGAAAAGGACCCAAAAAUUUUUAAAAAAUUUCGCAAAAAAGGCAAAGAUAAAUUGUUCUUUUUUAUAAUCUCCAAAGUGAGAGAUAUACUAAUACAAUGCUCAAAAUGUAUGGCGGAAAAUAUUUCCUAUCCUAAUUUGUUUACAUUUCACACACUAGUGAAAAUUUUAUUUCGGAAAUGCUGCUAAUUGUUACAAUGAUAUACUAUGUUUAUUUUUUAUUUUUUUAAGCUAACAUUUAUAAAUAAUUUUUUUCUUUGACUUCCUUAUUUGGGUGUAAGAUUUGUUAAACAUGUUCCUAGUCAAUGUAGUUUUGGUUCUAAGAUUUUGGGAACCCCAAAAAAAGCUUAGGGCUUAGUUCAGGUUUUGAAAUCUCUCUGAAACUUGAAAGAAGCAAUUUGCUUGGUUGCUAGGGGCAAAUACACAACUUCUUUUUUUUCUGAUUGUUGAGAAAUGUCCACACUUAACUGGCAGAGGCCACAGCAUAUGGCAGUUAAGUGUGAGAGGAGCUCGGAUUGGAUGAGGCUAGACACCUCACCCCCCUCAGCACUCCAGGCUGCAUUUCCGGUGUUUGUACUUCAGUCCUAAGUCUGUGUCUGAGACGGGAUGAAAUGUGCUUGGGAUUUUUUUUAAGCACAACUCCCACAUUGCCUUUUUUUUUUUUUUUUUGCUUAAUAUGUUCAGAAAAUGUGUACAAACAUUUUGAGCAAAAGCACAAAUUGAAUGACGAAUUUAGUCUAAUUCCUUCAUUUCUAGAUCACACUACUUCUCAAUAUUCUUUGGGUUUGUGAGGCCAAACGGACGUUGCAUUUUUGACUAACAAUCAUGUUAAAAAUCAGAGUUUAAAUAGACCCUUAGACUACGUUUAGACUUUGCUUUUUGGCUGGGAUUGUUUGCAAAUAUGCCACAGCAGUUUGGGAUGCUAAGCCAGAAGAACCUAGAAAGGAAGGAAUUCUACUUCUCCCUUCUUCUGGAUCCACUUCUGGCUUGGGCUCCAAACCUGCAGUGGCAGUAUUGGCAAAAAUGCAAGACAACAAGCAAAGUGGAAACGUAGCUUUAGUGGAGUAAAUAUUAAAUUCAGUAAAUGGCAAAAAAUGUACACUCCACAAAUUAUACAUGCUUCCAUUUAUUUCCUUAAAGUGUAACAUUUGGUGUAAAACUACCCAAAACCAAGAAUAAAAAAAAAAAAAAGGAUUCCAAACAAAGGCCUUACAAUUGAGGCCAAAUAAAGCUUUUAAAUAAAGACAUUCAUCCCAAACAAAAAAGGGCACCCUACAACGUACACAAAAACUAGACAGCAAGCUUUGCAAGAAGACCAUCAACCUUAACAAUCUGUUCUUGCAAUGUUUUCUUGAUGUUCUUGAGCUCAAUAACCACUUCAUUGAUAACACUUGUCUGGUCAGUGUUUGGUACUUCAACCAGGGUAAGAGUGACCAUUUGUUCAUCACACUCUUGAAUCUGUGAGACAAAAGUUAUCAAAAAGUUACUUGCAGAAGUGUUAAAAUCGGAAAUCAAACAUUUGUUUUGACUAUGUUAGUGAGUAUAGACUGCUUGGGCAUGCUGUUUGUUGUAUUUUCCCCACAGGUGGAGACACCCUUGUUUUUAUUAGCCAGUCCCUUUUAGUUAACUGCUAUGGCUUUCCUAUACCACACAUCACGGUGUCACAAAAAACCUUUUCACCACAAAAGGAUGUCAGAGGUCAAGCCCCAUUCCCUGGCCAGCGCACUUACUACUGCGCUCCUGCGCUUCUCCACCUCUAUGGUUGUAUGCAUGGCAUGUCAGGGACGUCCUGUGCGCGCAACCAUAGAGGCAGAGGAGCGCAGGAGGACGAGAAGGACGCGCGCUGGCCGGGAAAUGGGGAGUGACUGUCCGAGCUAUCUUCAGGGUUACAAUCCCCGCUCCUUAAUUCCUGUGACCUACUGCUAUGGUCCAUAGGCCAUAGCAAGAGAUUGCGACCCCGGGCUUGUUUGAGCUGUGAUCAAAACACUGUGCAGGCAGGAGACAGACGUCCAGCCUCCAGCCAUACCCUGUAUAUGGAUGGAAGCUGGAUGUCUGUGGGGGGAGCUGACUCCAAAUUUUGGAGAUCAGUCUA